UACAGGAGUUGCCUAGAGACUGCGGACAUAGUACAGGAGAUGAUCAGAGACUGCGGACAUAGUACAGGAGAUGACCAGAGACUGCAAACAUUCUACAGGAGAUGACCAGAGACUGCGACAUAGUAAAGGAGAUGACCAGAGACUGCGCACAUAGUACAGGAGAUGACCAGAGACUGCGCACAUAGUACAGGAGAUGACCAGAGACUGCAGCACAUAGUACAGGAGAUGACCAGAGACUGCGGACAUACCACAGGAGAUGACCAGAGACUGCAGUCAGGAGAUGACCAGAGACUGCGGACAUAGUACAGG